CAUUCAACGAAAUAAAAAUGGUGGUCGAAAGUUUAUGUGAAAAUCGUAUGAAAUCAUUUUGAAAUUUAUUUUAUCCAGAUGUUUAUUCCAUAGUUAUAAAAGAUGUCCACUCCCGUUUCAAACCGCAAAUACGGAGCACAAAAAAUACGCCUGACUAUUCUAUGUGCCAGGAAUUUGGUCAGGAGGGAUCUUUUCCGUUUGCCAGACCCCUUUGCAAAAAUCUCAGUUGAUGGCAGUGGACAGGUGUAUUCCACCAAUACUGUGAAAGCAACCCUCGACCCAAAAUGGAAUACACACUAUGAUCUAUACCUAACCAAAGGAGACGGCAUUACAAUAAGUGUAUGGAAUCAACGCAAAGUCCACAAAAGACAGGGUUCAGGAUUUCUGGGAUGUGUAAGAAUACAACCGUCUACAGUACACAAGUUGAAGGAUACAGGAUACCAAUGUCUGGAGUUAUGCGAAGAGGGUUCGGGCGAGACUUGCGGCGUUCGGGGCCAAGUGAUAGUGUCACUAGUGUCCCGAGACGCGGCGAGAGGUGAGCCGGCGACAGCGGCCGGGGAAGGGUCCCCGCUAGCGGUUGUGGGCCCCGCCGGCGAUGUUCGCACACCCAGGGACCCACGUGACCAGCCGCCGCCACAGAAUGGAACGAGGAAUCCACUGCCACAGCACUGGGAGGAGCGAUUUACGUCUAGUGGCAGACCGUACUACGUGAACCACGCGUCCCGGCGCACUCAAUGGGAACGGCCGACAUGCGAGGGUUCGGCGCCUGUCUCGCCGGCGGCUUCCUCCCCUCCCUCCUCCCCGACCCCGGCCGCCACCCCUUCCACGCCCGCGUCACCGGCUUCACCAUCCUCACCAGUGUCACCGGCUUCCGAUACAGAUGUCAAUCAUGCGACUUCCAUUUCUCUAAGGCCAGAACCACAGCCGCAGACAGCGGUAAGAUCCCGCAUCCCUACCGCGGCGUCUCCGCCCUCGAGCUCGGCCGCUAAUCCCACGACGCCUACCACGCCCUCGACGCCUAUAGCCGCCACUGACUUACCACCUGGUUACGAGAUGCGAACAACAGCCCAAGGCCAGGUAUACUUCUACAACUCUGGCACGGGCGCGUCGACGUGGCACGACCCGCGCGUGCCGCAGCACCUGCGCCACUGCGCCGCCGCCGCCGGCCCGCUGCCGCCCGGCUGGGAGAUGCGACAUGCGCCAUCUGGCAGACCAUACUUUGUGGACCACAAUAAUAGGACUACGCAGUUCACUGAUCCUAGGUUGGCGCUGUCGGCUAGACUUCCACAACCGGACCCCGUGACAGUGGCGCCUCCAACUCCUGCCGCAGCCACUCCAGCACAAUCAGCAACUGAACCUUUAGACCCCGACGCAUUGCCGAAAUACAAACGAGACUUAGCUGCUAAGGCCAGGGUGCUUAGAGCUGAGCUGCAAGCAUUGCAACCGCAGACUGGACAUUGUAGGAUAGAGGUAUCACGUAACGAAAUACUAGAAGAAUCGUACCGGCUCGUAAUGAAGUUACGAGGCAAGGAGCUGCGAAAACGUUUGCUGGUGAAGUUUCGCGGCGAAGAGGGACUCGACUACGGCGGCGUGGCGCGGGAGUGGCUACAUCUGUUAGGCAGAGAAUUGUUCAACCCGCACUAUGGGUUGUUCCAAUAUGCGAACGCGGGCGACGAUCGAUAUGCACUGCAGAUUAAUGCCGAUUCUGGGGUGAACCCAGAACAUCUGUCAUACUUCCACUUUGCCGGGCGGAUUCUCGGCGUGGCUCUGUUUCACGGGCACCAACUGGACGCGGCCUUCACUGCGCCAUUUUAUAAGCAAUUGCUCGGCAGACCGAUCACAUUGCGCGAUAUUCGUGACGUAGACCCGGAGUUACAUCGCUCACUGUCCUGGAUGUUGGAAAACAGUAUUGCCGGCGUGAUAGACACAACAUUUUCGGUAGAAUGCUCUUCAUUUGGGGCAGUCCGCAGCGUAGAGCUACGUCCAGGCGGCGCCAACGAAGCCGUGACGGACGCCAACAAGCGCGAGUACGUGCGGCUGUACGUGGCGCAUCGCUUCACACGCGGCGCCGAGCGGCAGUGGCUGGCGCUGCAGCGCGGGCUCGCCGACGUCAUCCCGCCGCAGCUGCUGCGUCCACUCUCGCCCCGCGACCUGCCGCCGCUGCUGGCCGGCCGCGCCGACCUCGACCCCGCCGACUGGCGCCGCCACACCCGCCUCAAGCACGUCACCCCAGACGCACCCAUCGUGGCCUGGUUCUGGGAAAUCGUAGAAGAAUUCGAUGCCGAGAUGAGAGCCAGGCUGCUACAGUUCGUCACCGGCUCCCGACGAGUGCCCUUGGCUGGCUUCAGAGCUUUACAGGGAUCGACCGGAGCGGCAGCUCCGCGACUGUUCACACUACACCUGGUAGCCGACGCGUCUCCCGACUCACUGCCAAAAGCGCACACUUGCUUCAAUCGUCUCGAUUUACCUCCCUACCCGAACAAAGAGAAACUUCACGAUAAACUCAAACAGGCAGUGCUCGAAACGGCUGGUUUUGCCGUCGAGUGAUACAGAUAUUAUAAAUACGUGGUCUUGCUUACUAUCGGAUAAAAAAGGAUAUUUAAGAAUUUAAUUCAAAAUGUGUUCAUAUAAAGCCUAUCAGAAUUUAUGUAUUUCGGGGAUUGUACGUGUAAAUAUGUUGGAGAUUAGGUUGGGUACUAAAGAAACUAGUCCGGAUUGUUUUGGGUAUAGAUAAAGACAGUGAUAAUGAGACUGAGGAAUUUCUAGAUGAGAUGUCAUGACAAAAACUGCCAUUGAAAGCUCCACUGAAGACAGUUAGUUUCACACGAAAUCUUUAUUGUUGAUUGAUACAUGUUAAACCAGGCCAUGUGCGCGACUCAUUUAUUUAAAUUACUAACAUAUUUUUAUUUAGUUAGGCCUUAUUCUUUGUCUUCUGCUGCUAAAAUAAAAAAUAAAAACUAUUAAUUAUUUACAAGGAUAAGUGGAUCUUCAGUAAGGUGUUGGUUGCACAUACGAGGAAUUUAUGCACAUUUAAUCGCUUUAUGGCUAGCUAUAAUAACGCUCAAAUUUACGUUGUUUAUUUACUUUUCUUUUUUAAUUUAGUAUUAACUCCGUCAGAUUGUAUGAUCUAUUUAUUUACACCAAUAUUUCCAGUGAAGCAAACAUUUAUUGGGCUUCCGUAUAUUUCAAUUUUAAAUAAUUUAAAUAAAGCAAUAGCAAUGUUACAACUAUAGUUUUCGUGUCUAAGUCGAAUUAUAAAUAUAACGGCAUAAUAACAUAAGUUCUAUUUUGCAUGUACAAAAUAGAUGGUAAUGAAUUAGGUAUUUGAAAUAUUUUUGUAGAAUAUAUUUGUAUAUAAUUUUAAUAAAUCAGUACAAAUGGAAAAGUAUGCUGACGUUAUGCAUGUACACAUACUUUAGCAUUGUAAUUCCUUUGAUUUUCGAAAUUACGUAAAGGCGAAUGCUCAUGCUUUGGUGCCUUAUUAUGUUAUUAGAAACAUAAGUAUCGUAUUUCGAUGUCAAAACGUGAUGGUUUUUAUUGUUUAUGACUGAAUAUUCCGCUGUAUUCGACUUCGAGCAUAUAACUUCCAAUUUGUAUGAAAUGUGUAUGAUAAUAAUCUUGUAUUUUAAGGAUAGAACUCGAAAAAUCUUCAUUUUAAUCAAGCUAUGUAUUAUUUAUGUAUUGGAUGUUUUUUACAAUUGUUUAUUAUUUUGAUCAAAUACGAUAUUCCAUGUGAGAGUCACGUCUAUUCUAUUGAUGUCUUUUGCUGAAAAUAGAUAACUCAAUUCCAUAAUAGUAUAGUAUGCAAUUAUAUGAAUUUAUAAGGCUCAAUGUAUACUAACGCAGAGUUGAAAUGUGUCACCUAUCUGUAUGAUAGCAUGUAUUUUAUCUCCACUAUGUAUGAUCAUUACUUGGGUGUACAAUGAGACAAUGCUUCGACUGUGUCAAUAUUUUCGUGUUACAUUUUAUUUCGACAUAGCGACUUACAAUGCAUUUACACACUGAAAAAAACAUGCGAUUAUGUAAAUGUGCCUUAAUAAUUUAAAGGCUUGUAUCAAAGAUAAUGUGAUUUUAUAUCUCUGAAAAGUCCUAUGUCGAAUAAAAGAAAUGCGUUGAGCCUCUGACGUGACUGUAGCUUAUUAGGCCUAGAUAUUAUUAUUAUAGUGUAUUAAGAGGAUCAGUGCCUUUACCUGUUAAAAUAAAUGACUCUAAUUAUAAAUCAGCGACUGUCUAGUGAUAUAAAACUAUUUAUUAGUGAUAAUGAAUAUUUAAAAUUAUAACUAUUACAUUAUUUUUGCAAAAUA